AUGAACCAGCAACAAGCACAACAACAACGCCCUCAACUACACCUCGCGACCCGUGAACCCCCAGAUCCCUGGUCGCGGCAUCCGGCCGUCGAUUCUCAUCCCGGCGGAAGAAGCGACGCGACCUCGUCAUCACCACGCACAUCCGCACGUCGGAUCAGCUGGUUUUCUGAGCAAGGAGCAGCGUCGCGCGCGCCACCGUCCUCAUCGCUGUCGAUAGCCGAGCUCCCAUCAGAAUCCGUUCUCCCGCGAAAGCGCGACUCCUACACCCCUUCCGCACGCGUUUCCACCCCCUCUUCUACCAAGAUGCCGCAGUACACUUCCCGCGAGGUCGGCGACCCGACUUCGAUCAAGAAGAAUAAGCAGAGCAUGGCCGACCUCAAGCUCCGUCGUUUGACCGAACUCAAUGCCCGGUUGCGUGAGGAUCUCGAGCGCGAGCGUAUCCCCGUGAGCCAGGCGGCGAAGAGCAUCAUCGCGUACUGCAACAGCACGAGGGACUACAUGGUGCCGAGCGUCUGGGGUCCUGUUCCCAAGGGCGAGGAUCCGUACGCGCCACAACAGAGCGGCGGCUGCUGUGUGGUGAUGUAA